GUUUUUCAUUUUUUCUUCUCCACCUUAACUGCUUUCUUUAUUCUUCCCUUCAUGGCUGUCCCACUUUUGGGUCCUCUGGUUAUUACCACCUUGCUUUGCAUGCAAACUCUGGCAGAUACUUCAUGCACUGAUUGUUUUGUUCAAUCUCGAGCAGAAUAUUACCCGAACUCUGAAGUAAAUGGCACAGAUGCUGGUGCAUGCGGAUUCGGUUCCUUUGGUGCUACCAUUAAUGGUGGCGAUGUAUCAGCUGCAUCCAAUCUUUACCGUAAUGGUGUUGGCUGUGGCUCCUGUUACCAGGUAAGGUGUACAAACAAUACCUAUUGCUCAGACAAUGGUGUCACUGUAGUUAUAACUGACCAAGGCUCAGGUGAUGGCACCGACUUCGUUCUGAGUCAACGAGCCUUUGGUGGGAUGGCUCAGACCAGUGACAAAGCUCCUUAUCUAUUAGCUCUUGGCAUAGUUGAUAUUGAAUACAGGCGUGUUUCAUGCAGCUACCCAAACAAAAACAUAACAAUUAAGAUAGAUGAGAGCAGCAGUAAUCCUAAUUACUUGGCUUUUGUCAUAUGGUUCCAACAAGGAAUGAGAGACAUAACUGCUGUGCAGCUCUGUGAGACGCAGAACUUUGUCUGUAAGUUACUGGAUCGGACUCAUGGAGCAGUCUGGACUACUACCUCUCCACCAAGUGGACCUCUGUCGUUACGGAUGCUGUUUAGUGCUGAAGAUGGAGACCAAACAUGGGUUGUCCCCAGUAGUAACAUACCAGAAGACUGGAAAGCAGGGGAGACAUAUGACUCAGGAGUACAAGUGGACAAAUAGAAAAACAGCAAAAAUGAAAUAUCAUCUAAUCAUAAACCUUUCUGUAAUGAAAGAAUAAAAUAAGGCAUCAAUCCAUCCUAUCAAGUUCAGUCAA